ACGAAGAGAGAGAGAGAGAGAGGGAAAACAAACAAACAACGGGGAGAACAUCAGCCUGGCAGAAAGAAGCGUCUUGAUCUGAAGCCUCCAUGUGGGCAGACAGAAAGAGACGGGAGAAGAUGGAUUCAUAAAUUGUGAGCUCCAGACGUGAUGGGAUGACAGGGGUGGAUGGCAGCCGGGUAUGAGAUAAACACUGUUCCUUAGGUAAAUACAGAAUCAUCUGAGGAAAAGGAGAAGGGGAGAAGAUGAAGCUGAACGAACGCAGUGUCGCGCACUACGCCACCUGUGACUCACCGCCAGACAAGACAGGCUUCCUGUUCAAAAAGGGUGAGCGCAACACGGCUUAUCACCGGCGCUGGUUCAUCCUGAAGGGUAACAUGCUCUUCUACUUUGAGGAGCGUGACAGCCGGGAUCCCAUCGGUGUCAUUGUCCUUGAGGGAUGCACUGUGGAGCUGUGCGAGUCAGCUGAGGAGUUUGCCUUCGCCAUCAAGUUUGACUGCGCCAAAGCACGGGUGUACAAGAUGGCUGCUGAGAGCCAAGCAGCUAUGGAGUCAUGGGUGAAGGCGUUGUCAAGGGCCAGCUUCGACUACAUGAGGCUGGUGGUGAAGGAGCUGGAGAGGCAGCUGGAGGAGAUCCAGGAGGCGGCAGGAGGUGGCUGUGUCGGGGCUGGAGUUGCAGGUUUGCAGGGCAGGCCUAAGUACUCCAGGCGAAACCAGGUGGCACGGUCCAGGUCUGGAGCAUCCUCUUCGUCAUCAUCCUCCUCUUCUUUAUCAUCAUCAUCAUCAAGUGCCCCUCCCAUGUCAGUCCCCUUUUCUGCUCAGAAGAGCAUCCAGGAUGAGGUGCAGCUCAUCUCGGGGUGUUCCAAAGAGAACGGAGUUGCAUGGAAUAAACCACCUGCUGCCAUGGCUAACGGUUUUAUCGAGGGAGGCUCCUCCUGUGUGGCCUGGGAAGGCUGUGCAGAGUCUGGGAAUAGCAUUGUGAUUGGUUAUGGGGCUGAUGGGGUGAGGGCUCCACCAGUGCCACCCAGGAGAAGAGGAGCAUCACUGGAAAGCCCCGUCUCCCCUGGCACUGGCUGCUUUUCCAAACUCCAUGACUGGUACGGCAGAGAGGUGGAGGAACUGAGAGUGCAGUGGCUGCAGAGCCAGUAAACUAAUGGAAAUGGAUCAUUUCUUUUUCCGAAGUUACAUCAUUCCUUCCUGGACAUCCAGAAAUGUUACGCCCUUUUGAACCCAACAGAAAGGCGAGAAAACUGUGACUUAAUUGCAAAUAGCAGUCUUAUCACAAAUCAAAAAAAGACAAAAAAAAUGUUGAGAUUGAUUCCAGAUCUUGUCUGGCACAGGAGAAUCAAUUCUUCUUAAAGAGUAACACUAUCCAUUGUACAAUUCAAGACAUUUCAAAAUACAAAAUAUGCUCUUUUCUACAGUUUUGCUCUAUGUCAUUUGCCAAGGACAGUUAAAAAUGUUAAGAAUACAGUAUUUAAAAUACUGUUUUUUCCAACAAGAUGCAAAGAGUUUGGCCUUUUGGUAGAUAAAGAAAUUCCGUUGUAUUAUUAUAUUGCCAAUGUUCAAGAUUUCUUCUUCCCUUCUAGCUUCCAAAUGUGCUUGUGUAAUUGUUUUGGGGUCAGUUUUCUUUAAAGCUAUUUUUCUGUUGUUACACAUACAAACUAUUGUGCUUAGCAUCUGAAAAAUACAAAAAAAACACCAACAAAUAACCACUACAAUCACCACAGUUCAGUCUUUUUCUAGUGGAAGGGAGAAGCCCAGGAUGGUUUCUGUUAUAUACAAAUGAGAUAACGAAGCCCACUUAAAUAACGAUCUAAAGACACUGCAGAAAAGCAAUCAAAAUAGAUCAGGUUGCUAUAGUGAUGCAUUAUCCAGGGGGCACAGGAAAUACUGCAGCUGUAUGAUUUAAGUCCCCAUAUGGUGAUGGCCACCCUUUCCCCUUUUAGUGAUGAAAAAGUGCACAACCGUUUGGAAAUAAGUGCUUGAAUCAGGAAAUUAAGAUUAUAAAAUGAAAGUAAACAAACAGCAGAGAAACAGCUGAACAGUUGGUGAUACUUUUAAUAUCUAAUGGCACCAGGACAAUUAGCAUCUAAAUUCAUGAUCUUGAGUUUCCUGUAAUUUUCAAACCACUUUUAACACUAAGAUGAUUUGAAUAUACUGACUUGUAGAGAAACGAGGAUACUCUCUGGCGCAGGGGGAAACUAGUCCAGAUUCUCGUCCCUACUCCCACCAGGGCAUAUCUCGCCCCAGAGGCCUUGUGGUUGCUAAUGUCAGAGCAUCCUCUCGACAGUUCCUGGGGACCGUGGUGGGAGCUGGAUGUCUCGCUCAGAGCAACAAAAAAACACAGUAUUUUUAGCCCUUGUUAGCCAGUGGCCAGAUGACGCUGCGUCAUAAGAGAGCUUGUCACUUUUUCUUUUGACUCUGUUCAUCCUUGAACUUAGAGGACUUAACCCUUGUCUUUAUAAUUCUCUGAUAAUUUCAUAUUUUAAAGUAAAAUCAUCUUGAUUUAAUUCAACUGUUGGUUUGUUUGUUACAACUGCAACUGUCGAGGCCUGUACUCUUUGUGAACAUCUAACCUCUUCGUUUGUAUAUGAAUAUUUACUAUUCCGCGUUGAAAAUUAACACCAGCAGUCUUCAAAAUGGGCAUUUUAAAAUGAUUGCUCAUAUGGUAAUUCUAUAUCAAAUCACAUAGCCGUUUACAUAUUUGUUCUAUAGGUGCCUUAUGUUAUCUUUAUAACUCUGUUAUUGCACUUGCAUUAUCAUAGGACUACAGUGAUGGGAGCGUUUGACUUUCUCUCUUUUUCGACUGUACCCCUGUUAUUCUGUUCCUUUCUUGCCAAAGGCUCAUCUCGAUGCAAUCUUUUUUUUGACAAUGGCUCAGUUCCUUCGGUCUGCAUCAACGCACAGCGCUGUCAUUACUGUUAUACACUUGGCUUGUGCAGAAACGACAAUGUGGGAAGGAGUGGUACAGUGAGGAUUGUGUUUUUUAAAACAGCAAUAUUGAUGCGGUAUCCCUUUGACACGAAUGAUCUGAAACUCUGGUUGUCUUAGUGCCAAUCUUAUUAACUCCAUAAGGCGAUUACUGUAAUCACAGAUGACAAUUGUCUGUUUUUUAGAAUAAUAUUUAAAGAAAGUUAUGAAUGUAUCAAAUUAACCAUAUAAAAUGAUAAUAGUAUCUAUCUUUAUUCAGGAGUGCCAAAUGAGGAAUGCAACCCAAAUGCACAAUAAGCAAUUUUGUCAGUUUUUUGUUUUGUGUUUUUCCCAUUAAUUUUUAUGAUUCCAGUAACAAUUUUCAGUGUUAUAGGACACAAAAUGAGUAUUAUACUGAAUAAUCAAUAAUAUUUAACACAGUGUCCUGAUAUGGUACCCUGAAAGGAUGCUUGUUAUAUUAGCAUUUGCUGCAAA